CCCGACCCGCUCCGCGCCGCCGAGGCUGCGCUGGGCUCCGCCGCGCUCGGUGCGGCUCCGCAGCAGCUGCCGGCGGCCGGGGAGGGAGGCAGCGGGCGCCGCCGCCCGCGCCGCGCCGAUGGCUCUCCUGCUGCUCCUCUGGGCGUGUGCGGCCGCCGCCGGGGCAGCUGUAGGGUUUGGAAUGGAUCCUGACUUACAAAUGGAUAUCAUCACAGAGCUGGAUCUGGUGAAUUCAACGCUGGGGGUGACACAAGUGGUGGGACUGCACAACGCCAGCAAAGCAUUUCUAUUCCAAGAUACAGAAAGAGAAAUCCACGCAGCACCCCACGUGACUGAGAAGUUAAUGCAGCUCUUCCAGAACAGAAGUGAUUUCACCUUUCUGGCCACUCUGCAACAAAAGCCAUCAACUUCUGGAGUUAUAUUGUCCAUCCGAGAGCUGGAGCACAGCUGCUUCGAGCUGGAGAGCAGCGGCCUGCGGGACGAGGUGCGGCUGCACUACCGGAGCGGCGGCAGGAGCAGGACGGAGGUGUUCCCCUUCCGCCUGGCCGACGGGCAGUGGCACAGGGUGGCCGUGUCCCUCAGCGCCUCGCACCUUCUGCUGCACGUGGACUGCAACAGGAUUUAUGAACGUGUCAUUGAUCCCCCAGAAACGAAUUUAACACCUGAAAGCAGCUUAUGGCUGGGACAGAGGAACAGGAAACAUGGUUUCUUUAAGGGUGUUAUCCAAGAUGUGAAAGUCAUCUUUAUACCUAAUGGAUAUAUAACACAGUGUCCUAAUCUGAAUCGCACAUGCCCAACCUGCAGUGAUUUCUUAAGUCUGGUGCAAGGAAUCAUGGAUUUGCAAGAACUCCUGGCAAAAAUGACUGCUAAAUUAAAUUAUGCAGAAAGAAGACUGAGUCAAUUGGAAGACUGUCAUUGUGAGAAGACUUGUCAAGUAAAUGGACUCAUCUACAGAGACAAAGACUCCUGGGUUGAAGAUGAUCACUGCAGGAACUGCACAUGCAAAGCAGGAGCCGUGGAGUGCCGCAGGGUGUCCUGUCCCCCUCUGGAGUGUCCCCCCGACGCCCUCCCCGUGCCCGUGGGGAGCCGCUGCUGCCAGGAGUGCCGGGCCAAGUGUAUCUUUGGAGGCAAGGUGCUGGCAGAAGGUCAGCGAGUGCUCACCAAGAGCUGCAGGGAAUGUCGAAAUGGAGUUCUAGUAAAAGUAACAGAGACCUGUCCCCCGCUGAACUGCUCAGAAGAAGAUCAGGUUCUUCCAGAGAACCAGUGCUGCAGGGUUUGUAGAGGCCAUGACUUCUGUGCAGAGGGUCACAGGUGUGGUGACAAUUCCGAGUGCAGGAACGGGGACACCAAAGCCACCUGUGAGUGCAGGAGCGGCUUCCUCUCUGUGCCAGGGGACCCUGCAGGCUGUGAAGACAUUGAUGAGUGUGCUGCCCAGCUGCACUACUGCCACGCCAACACCGUGUGCGUGAACCUGCCCGGCUCCUACCGCUGCGACUGCGCUGCGGGCCACGUCCGCGUGGACGACUUCUCCUGCACAGCACUGUGUGAAGAAGGGUGCAGGAAUGGAGGAACUUGUGUAGCUCCUAACAAAUGUCUCUGCCCUUCUGGAUUCACUGGCAGUCACUGUGAGAAAGAUCUCGAUGAGUGUGCCUUAAAGACCCACAGCUGCUGGAAUGACUCAGCCUGUGUGAACCUGGCAGGAGGCUUUGAGUGCCUCUGCCCCCCCGGGCCCUCCUGCACUGGAGACUGUCCCCACGAAGGUGGCCUCAAGCGGAACGGGCAGGUGUGGACCCUGCGGGAGGACAGGUGCUCCGUGUGCUCCUGCCAGGACGGGAGGAUCUUCUGCCGGAGGACGGCCUGCGACUGCCGCAGCCCCGGCGCUGACCUCUUCUGCUGCCCCGAGUGCGACAGCCGCGCCACCAGCCAGUGCCGGGGCCAGAGCGGGCAGCGGCUCUACCGCAGCGGGGACACCUGGAGCCACGGCUGCCAGCGCUGCCGCUGCCUGGAAGGAGAGGUGGAUUGCUGGCCCCUGGAGUGCCCGCCCCUGGACUGCGAGUACACGGCCAUCUCCGAAGGAGAGUGCUGUCCCCACUGUGUCAGUGACCCCUGCCUGGCUGACAACAUCACCUAUGACAUCAGGAAAACCUGUCCAGAUGGCUUGGGCAUCACGAGGCUCAGCGGGGCUGUGUGGACCAUGGUGGGAUCUCCUUGUACCACCUGCAAGUGCAAGAACGGGAGCGUCUGCUGCUCGGUGGAUGUGGAGUGUCUCAGCAAUAACUGAGCCCGGCUGCCGUGCAGGGAGGAGCUGCUGAGCUGCACCCAGGGGAGGCCGUGGGCCCUGCUGUGGGCACAGCAGACAGUCCCCAACGCCCUGCCCCAGGAGGGGCUUUGGAGCUGCCUUUGGCACCCGGCACUGCCCCGUCCUCGCUGCCCUCGGCCAGGGGCCUCCGGAGCAGCGCACAGGAACCAGGGGCUGCUGCAGUGUGCAGUGCUGUAAAUCACACACCUUUCCUGUCCAGAGACUACAAAUAUGUGUAAAUUAUUCCAUGGGUACACUGAUGCUGUAUUUUUGUUUUACUCUGUGUAUUGACGACAUGGAUAGAAUUCAGCUCCUCUUCCUUUGGAUCUAGAUUUUACAGAUGAGACAGCCCGUCGUGAUUUUGUCCCAUGAUGUCACACACUUGGUUCCAAGGUCCCUGUUAGCUGUAUUUAUGAAAAUAUGUAUGUAUGUACAGUCAGAUUGCAUAGUACUUCUAUUUCACAGCUGUCCAGCAUUUUAAAGCAUUCAAAGGUAUGGAUGGAAUGAAAGGAAUAAGUCUGUCUGAAACUGUAAAAUUAAAUGCCAUGAACUGAAGGAAAUGGCAGAAUGAGCACUUUCUUCUCCAAACAUGCAGAGCAGCAACGAGACCUCUGCAGUGAGAAAUGGAACUAAAACUGCAUCCCACUGCCAAUCCAACACAUAUUCAAGAAGGAAUCACCAUUAUUAUGUUCUGUUGAGUAUAAUUCCUCUGGAUUGUACAGUGCUAGAACAGUCAGAGACCCUUAAGAUGAUCUAGUUUGAGUUGGGCAUAGUUUAAGUUAAAUAUAUUUAAGUUGAGUAGGUUAGAAUUUGCUUGCAUUUGUAGCAUCCCUGAUGAGUUCAGGAUUUUUCCUCUUUUGUGUUUGCAGUGCUGAUGGUGUCUGUCAUCCUCUGUCACUGCUGCCACAGUGACAAAGAGCAGAGCCCCUGUUCCAGCCACACGCAGGGCAGGGACCUGAAUGCUUGGAAAUUCCAUUACCAACAGCUCAGAAACAGAUUUUAUCCUUCCACAUUAUAUGACAUUCAAAAAUACUUAAAUGUGCUGUGUUGUUGAGGACCUAAGUUUAGACAGGGAUUUAAAUCAAGACUCUUUGCCCUGUAUGGAGGUUAAAGCUUAGAUUGUCUUCAGCUAAUGUGGAUUUUUUCCAUGAGGCUGGAAAGUUUGUGGCAUUAGGACAGGAAUGUAUUUCUAUGGCGAUGCAUCUACAGCUUAAAUGUCACAUUUUUAAUGUGCUGUUGUGUUUUGUUCUGCUCAUUUGUGCAGUUUUUUUGGUUUUUCAUUUUGUUUAUUUAAUUAAAUACUGGCUAUAUGGAAAAGAUUGCAGAAAUGAGUAUGGUGGCUACAGUUUGGAAAGUCUGCAUUUGUGAGUUCUUCAUAGUUUCAUGCAGAAAAUGUGAAACUGAUUAAUAAGAAAGAAGUGUGACUCUACAGUGAAAACAUGAGUUGUCUUUUAAAUGAGGUACUGUUAUAAGGGGACAGUGGCAAAGAAUAUAAAAUUACUUUCAGUCACUCAGAUAACUUUAUUCCAAUUUUUUAAACAAGGUUUGUUUUAGUUAACAGCUUUGUGUGGUAAAGUUAAAUUUAUUUUCUUAAAAUGCCCCAUCAUUUUCAGCUGAUAAUGUAUUGACUCUACUUGCAUUGCCCUGAUGAUUGUACAGUAAGGGAAAGAGUUGUGUUUUAUAUGAUACUCACAGGAUGUUUGUAAAUCAUGAUGUCAGUUCAUUUUGUACAUCCCAUUGUCAAACCCAAUGGUAAUUCAGCUGGCUAAGACACCCAGUGGGCUGAGAUAUGAAGGGGAAUGAUUGAAAAUUUGUGGGCAUCUCAAUAAACUCCUGUGUACAGAUUGCUUUCCCUCAGUUUUAUUAGCAGGUUCUGAAACACUGAUCAAUGUCCUUUCCAGCUCGAGCUCAGGAUGCUGCAAAAAAGGAGAAAAAGUGUUUGCCCAGAGGUAGCAUCAGAGUGGUAAGAAAUGUCAUUUGUGCUCAGGCAGAAUCCUACAUUCCAGCCUGUCACACUGAAUUUCUGAGCUCUGUGGAUGGAUUAAAGACAGGGCAGGCUCUGAAAAUCAUUCCCUUUUACCUUGUAGUGGAGAAGCCUUUCCCUGGAGGCCUUCUGGACCUUGCUAGGAUCAUAUUUAACAAGACCACACAAGUUCACACUUUUCUACUGCAGACCAAUCUUCUCCCAGAGCUCAAAUGCAAAUUAAUUCAGUAAAACCCUUUCAGAGCCUUUUACACAGCGUUGUGUGUCAUUAUCUCCAGAGGGAUGCAGCUUGAAUUGUUCACACAAAGUCACAAUAUUGACACAGAGCUGUUGGUGUUGCAUUUUGAGCAUUGCCCUGACUGUGAUGAACUUUUCCUCCUGAGGGAAUUUGAUCCCCAGUCCCAUCACAGGUACCUUCAGAGGGCUCAGCAGGCCCAGCCCCAGCUCAGAGAGCACCUUAUGGAGGAAAACUGAAUUCCCUGUGUCCUGUGUGACCAAGGUAAGGAAGAACUUUAAAACUUCUUUCUUGAUGGGAUCCCCUAUUCCCUAUAAAGAUAGGGGCACUAAAAUUAAAAUGCUGAUCAAACCAAUGUUUUUUACAGUGAUUUAAGGCAAAUUUCCUCUUUGUUUAUGGGAUGGACACUGUCUGCACUCAGGAGAAUGUGUGUCUGUUAUAUAUAUUGUGUAUAUUUGUAGUGUAGCAUUCCCUUGAGGAGGAUUGCCACUAACAUCUGUGGAAGGAAACUUGCUGCUGGUUCAGAGACUUGCUCAGAGCUCUGGCUGUGCACAAUUGGAAUUUUGUAGCUGUUUCUGUUUAUUUACCCUGUGGAAGAGUGUUUUCUCUGAACCCUUCUGGUGACAAAAAGAUGUAAAUGAGUGACACACAGAGCAUGGACAGCCCAGCUCUGGUAAAAUGUCUGUGCCCUCCCCUUGUGGUACAAAUCCAGCCCAGGCUGUCCAGAGCAGAGCCUGUGCUCUGUCCUUGGGGACAGGGAGCUCCCAGCUGUGCCCCUGGGUGUGUGCAGACCCUCUCCUGAGUUAAAGCAAGGGAAAGGCAGACAUUCCUCUAGCUCCCAGCUGUGCCCCUGGGUGUGUGCAGACCCCUCUCCUGAGUUAAAGCGAGGGAAAGGCAGACAUUCCUCUGCAGGGGUCCCUGGGUGUGUGCAGACCCCUCUCCUGAGUUAAAGCAAGGGAAAGGCAGACAUUCCUCUAGCUCCCAGCUGUGCCCCUGGGUGUGUGCAGACCCCUCUCCUGAGAUAAAUCAAGGGAAAGGCAGACAUUCCUCUGCAGGGGUCCCUGGGGCACGGCCCACUCUGAGCUGUGCUGGGCUCUGGGAGAGGCCAGAGUUCAAUUAUUGCCAGAAAUGCUGGAUAACCCUGGCCUGGCUCCCAGGAAUGUGUGUGGGAUCCAUCAGUGCCUUUCUGCUCCUCAGAGACCCAAAUCACAACUGUCUGCAGUAAUGGAUCUUCCCCCAGGGCUGGCAGUGAGUUUUCAGGUGUGACUGUGCACAAGAUUUAAUUAAUAUCUUUUCAAUCAGAUUGCAAUGACAACCAACGUCUCUCUUUUUUUUCUUGUUUUUUUCCUGUGACAGACAAUAAUGUUUCACAAAACAAAAGGUAAAAUGUCAGGAGUGAUUACACAAAUGAUGGAGUAGAUUUUAGCAGAAUUAAAUCGUAACUCCUACGAGCAAUAUGGGAAUGUCUUCCAUCUAAUGGGACUUACAUAAUCAUCAUUAAUGAGGGGAUUUUAAAGGGGCCCCAUGAUACAGUUUGAUGUAAAAUUUUAAGUGAGUGUUGUGAUAAGACAUCAUUGUUUGAGGAGCAUAUUCUGCCAGUGGAAAAAUGUUCCUGCCAACAGGCUCCUCUUCUUCUUGAGGUACAUCUUUGGAGCUCAUUGAAAUCUAUAUUGGGGUAAGGAGAAUUCAUUGUAGUAUAAAUUAAAUAAAAAGAAAUUUAAAAUACCCAGUCUGGGGUGUGUGAAUGCUUCAUAUCCAGCCCUUCUCUGGUAGAAGUUCCUGGUGGAAGUCAGCAAUAAUUCUGAUUCAGCUGCCAUUGACCUCGGGGGUGUUACUGAGCUGCUGGUAUUGCAUGGAAUCUGCAAAUGACUUGCAGGUGCUAACAGGAUUCAUUUUUGCUAC